AAAUAAUUUAGCAGAAUGUGGAACAGCACUCACAAGAACAGAAUACGUGUGCAGAAGAAAGGCACACCACAAGUCUACAAGAGUGUGCAACUCAGCCAUACUUCUCUCAUCACUUAUCAUUUCCAUGUGAACUACCUACAGUACUGCAACAUGUUCAAACUACCUCUGCACUCAGAUUCUUUUCUCAGGAGUCGGAUUGGACCCUCACAAGGCUAUUUUCUUCUACUAUUAUUGAUGGUUCCUUCAGAAUGUUUUAACAUUGAUAUAGGGAAGGCAUGGAGCUAUAGAGGAAAGGAGAAGUCUUUGUUUGGACAAAAUGUAAUGCAAUACAAAACCAAUUCUGAGAAAGGAGUUUACGUUUUCUCACCUUUAAAGGAUCCUGAGAGGCGAACAUUUGAAGGGCUAUAUAAAUGUGAACUUAAAGAUGUUGACCUACAUCUGCAAUGUAAAAUGGAGAACAUUAAGCUGCCCUCAGGACAAGACCCAGUAAAUCGAGUCAAUCCAUAUCCAAUUGUUUCUUUUGCCAGAAAUGCAGACAGCUUUAUGACAUGCCAGCAGUUCAAGAGGCAGAAUAAGAAAACCACAACGGGUGAAUUAAAUGGAGUUUGCUUACUACAUAUCAAUGAAAAUGGCUCUUUAAAGGAGAGGGUUUAUCCCAAUCUUACAACAACUGUGUUUGACUUUCUGGAGGAGAAGAAGAAGAUGAAGAAAGACAACAGCAACAACAACAACAAUAACAACACUAUUGAUCGACCAAUACUCAAUAUAGCUGUAACUUUUACCGACAAAUUCCUGGACUCAAAGAAAGACAAUAAACAUGACUCAAACAGUAAUAACAAUAACAACAUUUAUGACAUUGAUGAAGAAGGUGGAACGGAGAUUGCAAUAGUUCUAGAUGGAUCUGGAAGCAUAAGCAAAGUCGACUUUCAAGAGGCAAAGGACUUUAUAUUUAACCUGAUCACAAAAAUAUGGGAAAAAUGUUUUGAGUGUGAGUUUGCUGUGGUACAGUAUGGAGACAUAAUACAAACAGAAUUUGACCUCUGGGACAGUCGUAAAGACAGCCUCCUUAUUCUUGAUAAGGUUAAAAAGAUUCAGCAAGUUGGAAAUGUGACAAAAACAGCAUCUGCCCUUCUCCAUGUUCUAGACAGUAUUUUUGAUGAAAGCCAUGGAUCUAGAAAAAAUGCCAACAAAAUCAUCUUGGUAUUGACAGAUGGAGAUAUCUUCAUGGAUCCAGUGAACAUAACAACUGUCAUAAAUGAUCCAAGGAUGAAAACCAUUGAACGAUUUAUCAUUGGGGUUGGAGGUGUAUUUAACAAGACUAAUGCCUACAGUGAGCUAAAACUUAUAGCUACUGAGGAAAAGGACCAUGUUAUAAGAGUAGAAGACUACUCCAAACUGGAUGGUCUAAUCUCUUCCUUGCAGCAGAAGAUGGCAGGAAUUGAAGGCUCUAAAGGUGAUUCAUUGGAAUUUGACUUGGCUGAAGUUGGAUUCUCAGCUCAUUUGAAGGACAAGGAUACUUUGGUGCUUGGUGCAGUUGGGGCCUUUGAUUGGUCGGGGGGCUUGAUGGUGUAUUCUAUGAAAUCCGAGCAACAUAAAGUAAGCUUUCUCAAUGAGUCAUCUGAGGUUUCAAAGGCAGUAGGCUACAGUUACUUAGGAUACAGUGUGAGCACAGCAAAGAGAAAAUACUUGUCUCUGUAUAUAGCUGGAGCACCAAGAUAUUCCAAUGUGGGGAAAGUUCUUGUCUUUGAAGAAGAUUUUAAAACCCAUCACCUCAAGCAAACCCUAACAGGGGAACAGCUUGGAUCCUACUUUGGGCAUCAGCUUUGCACUGUAGAUAUCAAUAAAGAUGGAUAUACAGACAUCCUUCUGGUCGGGGCACCAUUUUACCAUAUCAAGGGUGAGGAGGGACGAGUCUACCUUUAUAAGCUCAUCGAUGAGAGGGAGUUCACACUUGUUUUAAAACUGGAACAACCAUACUAUUCAUUUGCAAGGUUUGGUUACUCCAUAGCUCAGAUUGGAGAUGUCAAUAAUGAUGGUUUUCAAGAUGUUGCCAUAGGAGCACCUCUUGAGGGACGUUUUGAAGAUCCUAAUUCAUUUGGAAGUGUUUACAUCUAUAACAGUAUGGCAGAUGGCAUCUACAAAACACCCUCUCAGAGAAUUAGAGCAACAGAUAUCAAACAGAAGCUGCAGUUCUUUGGCCAGGCAGUAGACGGUGGAUUGGAUAUUACUGGAGAUGGCUAUAUCGAUAUAGCAAUCGGGGCCUUAGGAAAUGUUGUGGUUCUUCAGUCUUGUCCAGUGGUUAAAAUAAGGGCAACUAUGCAAUUUGUGCCUAAUAAAAUCCCUGUGACUCCUCACUAUAGCACUGUAAAUGCUAGUCUGUGCUUUAACGUGAUACCUUACAACCAAACAGAGCUUAACAAAUCCUAUCUUGACUACAAAAUGGAUCUAGAUGUCCUAACUGAGCAGAGACGAAUAACCAUCAACAACGAAAUCUCUAGCAGAAGAAAACUCUUCUUUACUCAUGAAAACUGUACUUCAUUUUUGCUGACAGUACUGCCUUGUACUUAUGAUUGCUUCAAAGAUAUUGUAAUAAGGAUAUCUUAUACUUUGGUUUCUGACUUACGGAGAGAUCUCCCACCACCGGGGCUGGAUUUUCAUGACCAAAAUUAUACUGAUAUUCAGUUACCAUAUGAAAAGGAUUGCAAUAACAAAACAAUAUGCAUCCCAAAGUUGUUGCUGACCACCCAGGUAUCCCGAAGUCAGCUGGUUGUUGGAAAUACCACGGAUGUGACUGUGACGCUGUCCCUUACAAAUUCAGGCGAUAAUUCCUACAUGACAAAUGUGAUAAUAAGUUACCCAAAGAUCCUGCAAUUCACCUUGAUUAAACCGCCUAAUAAACCCGGGAUUGAAUGUUCUCCUCCAAAAAUGAUUCCCUCAGCUUAUUCUUCUAUGACGUGUGGAAUCCAACACCCUGUGUUUAAAGCAUCUACUGAGACAUUUUCUAUUAUUUGGCAACUAACGGAAGAAAGAUUUUCAUCUCCGAAGGCCACCAUUAAUUAUGUUGUCAACAACGUUAACAAUGUCUCGGACUCUCUGGUUCAGAAAACUGUGCUCCCAGUAAGACAUUCCUUCAGUGCUGUCCUCUCUGUGCAACAGACUGCACUUUUCGUCACAAUACCAUCUGACCCCCCUAUGUAUGAAGAAGUCUAUUACACAUUUAAUGUGAAUGCAGAAAAUCCAUUUGCUGCAGAACUAAUCCUGGAGCUGAAGGUCCCCAUUAUCUUUAAAAGAGUCCCUUUUUCGGACGUACAAUUCAUCCAGACAUUCCAGAACUCAACUCAAUGUACAAAUGAAACCCAAGCCCGCAGUUGUGGAGAUACAUUUAAUAAUGAGGAAACAAAGUGCCUUUUUAUCGCUUGCAAAAUCCCAUCUGGAAGGGAAGAGAUAAAGAUAGCAACAAGAUUAUUUUUGCGAAAGCUUCAAGAGCUAGUAAAAGAAAUACAAGACUUUAAUGUCACUGGAGAAAUUCUUUAUGACAAAACCCUGUAUGUAAACCUGAAGGAGCCAGAACACAAGACACAGUUAUCCAUUAAAAUUCUUGAAACUAAAGUGAUACCGAUUCUGCCGGUUUUCAUUGGUAGUUCUGUUGGGGGAGUUGUGCUUCUGUGUCUUAUAAUUAUCAUUCUUGUAAAGUGUGGAUUCUUUAAAAGAAAAUAUAAAAAUUUCGACCAGGAUGGUACAGAAUGAUUAUCAGUUCAGCAAGAAAGAAGAGAUGUCAGCUAUUCUGGCUCCGCCUUCUAUUUAUGACCCUUGAGCCCAUUCCCCACCUCCUACUUGCUAAACAUUUACAAUAUAUAAACUGUUUUUGCAAUUCAUGUUACAAGUAUACAUCAGGACGAAGUAUACAUCUGACAGAUGCCUCCGACAUAUGCCACACUAUAACGUAAUUCAAAUAUAAAAUGUAUAUUGACAUAGGAUGAAUUUAACCUAACAAUGCAGUUCUGUAGAGGCGAGCCCUGUGCAGGUUCUCUCCACUUAAUUGCAAAGAGAAUAAGAUCGAACAGGUUUGGGUCCCCACUCCCUCCCUCCAACUCAGUGGUUGGUUCCUAAUCUAGGGUAUGCGUCCCCUCAUGGUACGGAGCAGUUUUCCUGGUGGUACAAAAAAAAAAAAUCUGUAAUGGUGGCCAUUGGUUCAGACCACCAGUACUGCCACAUUAAUGCCAACUGUGUGCCAAUGCACUGCAAGAGUAGUAAACUUUGCCAAGGUAGAAAAACCCUGGGCAGGAUUGGCCAGUUUCCAGACACUCCUCUUUUCUGAACCUCCCCUGACACACCUCACUCCUCUGUUUAACUGACCCUUCUCCCCUCCCCGAACCGUCACACACACAGUACACAAUUCGCUAAGCCUGUUGCAAGGUUAGCAAACCUCACUUACAGAGGCAUUACAAUGGGAGGCGUGUGCGGGGAGGUUGUGGGGUGAGUGAAGGAAGUUCAUGGGAGGUGGAGAGAAAAGAGCACCGACAAUGCCACGCCACCGGCAAGAACAGUAAUACUUUGGUCUCAUACUUCCAGAGCUGCGCUCACUACCCUGCAGCUGUGAAGUACCUGUGCAUAUACAUUACAAUGUAAUCCCCUGUACAGGAUAUGUAAUGCAAUCUACACACUUACUGCACCAGCAGCAUAGUGAGUGCCGCUCUGGAGUAUAAUACAGAGUGUUACUCAGGAUCAGUACAGGAUAAGUAAUGUAAUGUGUGUUCACAGUGACCCCACCAGCAGAAUAGGGAGUAUAGCUCUAGAGUAUAAUACAGGAUAUAACUCGGGAUCAGUACAGGAUAAGUAAUGUAAUGUGUGCUCACAGUGACCCCACCAGCAGAAUAGGGAGUAUAGCUCUAGAGUAUAAUACAGGAUAUAACUCGGGAUCAGUACAGGAUAAGUAAUGUAAUUUAUGUACACAGUGACUGCACCAACAAAAUAGUGAGUGCAGCUCUGGUGUAUAAUACAGAAUGUUACUCAGGAUCAGUACAGUAUAAGUAAUGUAGUGUUUGUACACAGUGAGGGACAUUUAUCAAUGUUUUGCUUAUGUAUUCUUUUUUUUAGUAAUUUUUUCCUUACUUUUUUUUUGCUUAUGUGUGACUUAUUUAUCAACUGGUUUCAGCCUGUUGAUAAUUUUCUUUAACGUAAGCAAUUUUUCCUUUUUUACUUUGGUAGUAGAUUUUUCUGCUCCAUGUUUGAGCUGGAGUAAAUUUAGUCAAUUUUUAACCCUGUUGCGACUUUUUUUUUGCGCAGUUGCGACUGUCGCAGUUAAUAAAUACCUGACUACCCGUAGUCCAUUUUAAAAUUAUUACUACGUAGUAAAUUUUUGGAAAACUUGCUUUUCUUGCUUUCCAGUCAAAAUGUCGCACGAAAAAUCGCGUAGUCGCAGUUGCAACAAUUUUGCAACAAUUAUAGUAAAGAAAACCUGACUAAACCCGUUGAUAAAUUCCAUAAGUGAUCCCACCUGCAGAAUAGUGAGUGCAGUUCUGGAGUAUAAUACAGAAUGUUACUCAGGAUCUGCACAGUAUAAGUAAUGAAGGGUUUGUACACAGUGAUCACACCAGCAGAAUAGUGAGUGCAGUUCUGGAGUGUACAAGAUGUAACUACUGGUUUGUGGGGUUGUUUUGACCUUAAUGACCAAGCCCCAUUUUUCAAAUCUGACAUGUGUCUCUUUAUGUAGUGAUGACUUUGGAAUGCUUUUACUAAGCAAAGUGACAUUCAUGACAUAUUGUACUUUAUAUUAGUGGUUACUUUUUGUUAAAAAGAGUUAUACUCCAGAGCUGCACUCACUAUUUUGUUGGUUCACUGUGUACAUACAUUACACUACUUAUCCUGUAUUAUGCUCCAGAGCUGCACUCACAAUUCUGCUAGUGGAUUCACUGUGUACA